UGAAUAUGCAAUAAACCUCACAUUUGCACAAAGAAAUAAAAGCUGGUAGAAAUCUGAUGUGCUGAUAUGCAUGGCACUUCACAAUCCGCACUGCCCAGGUUUAAGGCAGGAAAAAGAUGUUCAUUUUCAUGGGAGUCUUCUUCCUACUUAAUAUUACACUUCUCAUGGCCAAUUUCAUUGAUCCCAGGUGCUUUUGGAGAAUAAAUUUGGAUGAAAUAACGGAUGAAUAUUUGGGAUUAUCUUGUGCUUUCAUCCUGGCAGCUGUUCAGACACCCAUUGAAAAAGAUUAUUUCAACACGACUCUUAAUUUUCUAAAAACUACUAAAAACCACAAAUAUGCUUUGGCAUUGGUGUUUGCAAUGGAUGAAAUCAACAGAUAUCCUGAUCUUUUACCAAAUAUGUCUUUGAUUAUCAGAUACUCUUUGGGCCAUUGUGAUGGAAAAACUGUAACACCUACACCAUAUUUAUUUCAUAGAAAAAAGCAAAGCCCUAUUCCUAAUUAUUUCUGUAAUGAAGAGAGUAUGUGUUCAUUUCUGCUUUCAGGACCCAAUUGGGAUGAAUCUUUAAGUUUCUGGAAGUACCUGGACAGCUUCUUAUCUCCACGUAUCCUUCAGCUUUCCUAUGGAUCUUUCAGUUCCAUCUUCAGUGAUGAUGAACAAUAUCCCUAUCUCUAUCAGAUGGCCCCAAAAGACACAUCUCUAGCAUUGGCAAUGGUCUCCUUCAUACUUUAUUUGAAAUGGAAUUGGAUUGGCCUUGUCAUCCCAGAUGAUGAUCAAGGAAACCAAUUUCUUUUAGAGUUGAAGAAACAGAGUGAAAACAAAGAAAUUUGCUUUGCCUUUGUGAAAAUGAUCUCUGUUGAUGAAGUUUCAUUUCCACAAAAAACUGAAAUAAACUACAAACAAAUUGUGAAGUCACUAACAAAUGUUAUUAUCAUUUAUGGAGAAACAUAUAAUUUCAUUGAUUUGAUCUUCAGAAUGUGGGAACCUCCCAUUUUACAGAGAAUAUGGAUCACCACAAAACAAUUGAAUUUCCCUACCAGUAAGACAGACAUAAGUCAUGACACAUUCUAUGGAUCACUUACUUUUCUACCCCACCAUGGUGAGAUUUCUGGCUUUAAAAAUUUUGUACAGACAUGGUUCCAUCUCAGAAACACAGAUUUAUGUCUAGUAAUGCCAGAGUGGAAAUAUAUUAACUCUGAAGACUCAGCAUCUAAUUGUAAAAUACUUAAGAACAGUUCAUCUGAUGCCUCAUUUGAUUGGCUAAUGGAAGAGAAGCUUGACAUGGCCUUUAGUGAGAAUAGUCAUAACAUAUAUAAUGCUGUGCAUGCCAUAGCCCAUGCCCUCCAUGAGAUGAAUCUGCAACAGGCUGAUAAUCAGGCAAUAGAUAAUGGAAAAGGAGCCAGUUCUCACUGCUUGAAGGUAAACUCCUUUCUAAGAAGGACCUACUUCACUAAUCCUCUUGGGGACAAAGUGUUUAUGAAGCAAAGAGUAAUAAUGCAGGAUGAAUAUGACAUUGUUCACUUUGCGAAUCUCUCACAACACCUUGGGAUUAAGAUGAAGUUAGGAAAGUUCAGCCCAUAUUUACCACAUGGUCGACACUCUCACUUAUACGUAGACAUGAUUGAGUUGGCCACAGGAAGAAGAAAGAUGCCAUCCUCUGUGUGCAGUGCAGAUUGUAGUCCUGGAUUCAGAAGAUUAUGGAAGGAGGGAAUGGCAGCCUGCUGUUUUGUUUGCAGCCCCUGCCCUGAAAAUGAAAUUUCUAAUGAGACAAAUAUGGAUCAAUGCGUGAAUUGUCCAGAAUACCAAUAUGCCAACACAGAACAGAACAAAUGUAUUCAGAAAGGUGUCACCUUCCUAAGCUAUGAAGACCCCUUGGGGAUGGCACUUGCCUUAAUGGCCUUCUGCUUCUCUGCAUUCACAGCUGUGGUACUUUGUGUCUUUGUGAAGCACCAUGACACUCCUAUUGUGAAGGCCAAUAACAGAAGCCUCAGCUAUCUAUUACUCAUGUCACUCAUGUUCUGUUUUCUGUGCUCCUUUUUCUUCAUUGGCCUUCCAAACAAAGUCAUCUGUGUCUUACAGCAAAUCACAUUUGGAAUUGUAUUCACUGUGGCUGUUUCCACAGUUCUGGCCAAAACAGUCACUGUGGUUCUAGCUUUCAAAGUCACAGUCCCAGGAAGAAGAUUGAGAUACUUCCUUGUAUCAGGGACACUAAACUACAUUAUUCCUAUAUGUUCCCUACUCCAAUGUGUUCUGUGUGCAAUCUGGCUAGCAGUCUCUCCUCCCUUUGUUGAUAUUGAUGAACACUCUCAGCAUGGCCACAUCAUCAUUGUGUGCAACAAGGGCUCAGUUACUGCAUUCUACUGUGUCCUUGGAUACUUGGCCUGCCUGGCACUGGGAAGCUUCACUUUGGCUUUCUUGGCCAAGAAUCUGCCUGAUGCAUUCAAUGAAGCCAAGUUCUUGACCUUCAGCAUGCUAGUGUUCUGCAGUGUCUGGGUCACCUUCCUCCCUGUGUACCAUAGCACAAAGGGCAAACACAUGGUUGCUGUGGAGAUCUUCUCUAUCUUGGCAUCCAGUGCAGGGAUGCUUGGAUGUAUUUUUGUACCCAAGAUUUAUAUCAUUUUAAUGAGACCAGAGAGAAAUUCUACCCAAAAGAUCAGAGAAAAAUCAUAUUUUUGAACAAAUAUUUAGGAAUUCUGUCAAAUGUAAAGUUGGUACAUAACCACCAAAUAUUGGGUUAUAGUGCAUGUGUCUAGUUUUAGAAUCACUCUCACUGGUUGCUCUAGUGAUAAAAGGAAGUAUCAUAUCUACUGAACUUCCGUACAGUGUCCAUAAAAUCUUGCACUCAUUCACUUUCUUCAUUUUCUCUCAGAGAACUAAACUCUCUAAUUAUUACAAUUUUAUUCUUCGUUUUGAUUUCAUGGAGAUUGCCCUCUGGUAACUUCCAAAAAACGUUGAUAAGGCAGUUUAAUCCACCACUUUGUGUAGAAAAAAUGAGAUCUAGGACAGACAGGGUUACACAUAGAAACCAUCUACCAAAUCAAAUAAUCAAUGAGAAACACAGACUAACUAAAUAAUCAGCAAAGUUGAAAUCAGAACUUAUUUUCUGAUUUCCAGUAAGAGCACACACAGAAGAAAAUACUGACUUUUUUUUUCUUCUGUUCUUCAAGCUACUGGCCAAUAAUCUAAGGAGGAAAUGUUCCUUUUCUGCUGUCAAAUACAAAUAUAUUAUAUCCAACAAUGAUCAGAAGCCCAGGGAUUCUGUGGCUGAAUUGGGAAUAUUUGGAAGAAGCUGAGGAGGAGGGUGACCAGCAUUCUCAACAAACCUGGACAAGCAAGAUCUCUCAGACACUGAGCCUCUAACCAGAGAUCAUACACAAGCUGAUGUGAAGCCCCCAACAAAUAUGCACCAUAAGACUGCCUGGUCUAGCAUCAGUGGGAGACACACCUAACCCCAGAGAGACUUAAGUCCCCAGGGAUUGGGAAGUGCUGGGCAUUGGGGAUGUAGGGAUAUCAUCUUGGAGAUGGCAGAGGAGUUGUUAGAUGAGGAAGAGUCAGUGGGGCAAACCAGGAGGGGGAUAACUACUAGAUUGUAACAAAAAUAUUGAGUAAUAAUAAAUUAAAAAA